AUGGCGUCGGACGGAGGCGCGGCGGGGGAGGAUCCGCUGUGCGUGGAGCUCCCGGAGCGACUCGCCAUCCUGCCGUUCCGCAACCGCGUGCUGCUGCCCGGGGCCAUUGUCCGAAUCACGUGCUCCGACCCCAGCAGCGUGCGGUUGGUGGAGCAGGAGCUGUGGCAAAAGGACAAGCCCGCGCUGAUUGGAAUCGUACCUGUUAUAGAGCCUCCUGGUUCCGCGGAUAGCACUGGAAGCGGUGCUGCUGCUAGUGGCAGUGCUGCUACUAGUAACGAUGCUGCUAAUGGAGGUGAUGGAAAUGCGGAAGGAGGAGCAGGAGGGACGGGAGGGACUGGAGAGAAGGCAGGAGGAGGGGAAGGGGCGGCAGAGGGAAAGGCGGUAGUGCGCGUGUGGGGGCCCAGCGGACCAGAGGAGGUGACGGGGGGAACGGCGAAGCUGCUGCUGGAAGACGUGAAGUGGCACCCCAGGGGUGUGGCAGCACGGGCGCUGCAUGUGGCCAAGGGCGUGGAGAGGCCCACAGGCCGGGUGACCUAUGCGGUGGUGCUGCAGGUGAGUUCUCUCUGUGGUGAUAACUGCAGGGUGCAGCAGUCUGGUGCAGCAGUCUGUGUGUAUGUGGCUAAGGGCGUGGAGAGGCCCACAGGCUGGGUGACCUAUGCGAUGGUGCUGCAAGGCGUGUGUCGCUUUGCCAUCCUCUCCAUCAACUCGCGAGGGCCGUACACAUUGUCGGAGUCCCUCUUUUUCGUCCGUCUUCAUUCCUCGCGUCGCCUCUUCAUCCCUACAGAGGAAGAUUGGGUGCGAGAGGUGGACCGCGUGCGAGGGGACGACGAGGUUCGGCGGCUGGGAAGGCAGCUGCUGCGAGUGGUGGAGGAGCUGGCGCGGGUGAUGGAGCAGCUGGGAAGGCAGCUGCUGCGAGUGGUGGAGGAGCUGGCGCGGGUGAUUGAGCAGCGUGGAGCGCGGGCUGGCAGGCUGGCAGCUCACUCAUUUACUGCCCCAUCUCCCCUUUCCCACUCCCAGGAGAAGCAGCGGCAGGUGACAGGGCUGAGGAAGGUGGCAGCAGAGUCCCAGCAGGCAUCGGCUGGGGAGAUACAGAGGCUGGCAGACAUACUCGUGGCCAGCGUGGAGGGCGGGCUGGCAGCGCGCCUGGCGAUGCUGGACGCGGUGAAUCCGCGGAUGAGGCUUCAACUGGCUGCCGCUAUCAUCUCCCUGCACUUGGAGUGCGGUGCCUGGAGGCUGGAGGGUGGGCUGGCAGUGAGCCUGGCCAUGCUGGAUGCGGUGAACCCGCGGAUGAGGCUGCAGCUCGCUGCUGCCAUUAUUUCCCUCCCUGCACCUCGAGGUAUUAAGCCCUGCCCGCCUGGUGCAGCAAGGCAGCAGCAGCAGCGGCUGAAAGAAGGAGAAACCCCUUUCCCCCUCCUCCAAACCCCCUUCGCUGCACCUAGUGGGGAAGGCGAGGGGAAGGAGCGAGGGGCGGCAGGGGAUGGCGAGGAGGGGGACGAGGAGGAGGAGGAGGAUGAUGACGAUGAUGAUGACGUGGCAGUGCUUGAAAGGCGCAUGAAGGAAGUCAAGAUGCCGCCCAACGUGUGGCGCCACGUGCGCCGUGAAUUGAAGCGCCUCCGCAAGAUGCAGCCGCAGCAGUCGGGCUACAGCACAACCCGUCAGUACCUGGAGCUUCUGAGCGACCUCCCCUGGGGCAUAUCGUCUCCCGUUACUGCUGCUGGUGCUGCUGGUGGUGGUGCUGGUGGCAGCAGCAGCGGCGCGGUGAUAGACGUGGCGGCAGCGAGGGAGCAGCUGGACAGGGAGCACUUUGGGCUGGAGAGGGUGAAGCAGCGCAUUCUAGAAUACAUUGCUGUCAGGAAGCUCAAGCCUGAUGCUACAGGUCCUGUGCUGUGCUUUGUGGGCCCCCCUGGCGUGGGCAAGACCUCGCUUGUCUCCUCCAUCGCCAAGGCCCUGGGACGCAAGUUUGUGUCUCCCUCAUCUUCUCUCUUCUCCUUUGGUCUUUCUCCGGUCCCCUGUCCUCCCCUAACCUUCCAGCUUAAGCCUGACGCCACCGGCCCUGUGCUGUGCUUCGUGGGCCCUCCUGGAGUGGGCAAGACAUCCCUAGUCUCAUCCAUUGCCAAGGCCCUGGGACGCAAGUUUCUCAAGCCUGACGCCACGGGUCCUGUGCUGUGCUUCGUGGGUCCUCCUGGCGUGGGCAAGACAUCCCUGGUCUCUUCCAUCGCCAAGGCCCUUGGGCGCAAGUUUGUUCGGAUAGCGCUGGGAGGGGUGAAGGACGAGGCGGAUAUCAGAGGGCAUCGGCGGACUUAUGUUGGGAGCAUGCCGGGGCGACUGAUUGAAGGAGUCAAGAGCGGGUUAGAGGGGGUUAGUAGUGAGUUGCUGGGAGGGGUGAAGGACGAGGCGGAUAUCAGAGGGCACAGGCGGACGUACGUGGGGAGCAUGCCGGGGCGACUGAUUGAAGGGGUCAAGCGCGUGGGGGUGAACAACCCAGUGAUGCUGCUGUACGAGAUCGACAAGACCGACGCCAAUGCCAGGGGCGACCCUCUCAAAGACAACGCCCCUCUCUUUCCUCAACCCAUCUCAUUCAACCCCACACCCUCCCCCCAUCCACUGCCCUCUCCUGCUACCUCUCACCAGCGUGUGGGUGUCAACAACCCAGUGAUGCUGCUGGAUGAGAUCGACAAGACUGGGGCUGAUUGA